AUGGAUAAACCGACCCGUCUGGCUUAUGAGGAGGCCAUGAGGGCUCAUUUUCAACAUCAUUGUCAAAUUGCCAAAGCGAUCAAUAGCAUCAGAGUGCACGCCUCAGUCACCUCGCUCACCAGUUUGACUGUUGUGCACCCCGAUCAUCCCCAGCAGGUCAUGGAAGUUCUGACGAAGAGCUUGCCUGAAUGGGCCGAGGCCAUUGUCGCCAAUCACCCCGAAGUCACCACUCGGAUGCCCCCCCAGACCUCCAACUUUGUCUGGGUUGAUGGUCGCAAGCGACGGACCGCUCAUUCAUUGGACGCCCCACCCAGCAAGCGCAACACUGGUCCUGAAUUCACAACCCCUCCAAACAGGACCGCGGCGACGGGGCCUCGCUUGAGCCCGAGCGACGUGGAUGACAUUGAAGUCAUCCAGAUAUCCUUGGGGACGGCCGCCACCUCGAACCACACCGAGCCGAUGGCCCCUGCCUCUCCGGAGUUAGAGAGUCAUCACAUGGAGACGUAUCUCCAUGUGGCACAUAUUCACAAAGGAGACAAGCUUACUCGGGCGCGCUUGUUAAAUCACGGAAUUGUGCAUUGGUCGUUCUUCAGAAGCUCCUCCGAGGUCGAACUGAUCGGCCUCGGCUUCCCUAUAGGCACUGCUCAAUUGCUCAUCGAAGGAGCUGCGAGACUGGAGAGGUUCGAUCACGUUGAGGGCGCUUAUACUGGUGGAAUGACUCCAUCUCCUUCCCCGUUGGUUUGA